AGGCGCGCCGCCCCUCCCGGCUCUGCUCGCUCGGCGCCGGGCCGGGGCUGCCGUGGGCGCGGGCGGCGCAGUGGAGCUGCCUGGACCUCGGGGAUCUCAGCUCGUGUGGGAGAAUCAGGAUCCCAGGUAAGGAAGGAACCGAGGCGAUGGCCUCAAAGCCUGAGAAGAGGGUCGCCUCCUCUGUCUUUAUCACCCUGUCACCCCCUCGCCGAGAUGCAGCUGUGGUUGAGCAAGUGAGGCGAGCGGCUUGUGAGGCCCAGCCUGGCCACCCCCGGGAACCUCCUACCCCCAUGAGGGCACCCGGGGCGGGUUCUGCAGGGAGGCCCAGCCAUUGGGCGCCCCCUGGCAAGCCUGCAGCUGCAGUACCAGCUAUAACCCCCCUGCUCUCCAAUGGAGGAUGUUCUCCCCCUCCUAGCCUGGAUGGCGGGGACCCGCUCCCCGACCUGGACCUCCUCCCGCCUCCGCCGCCCCCUCCGCCAUACCUGUCUGCCGAUGAGGAGCUGCCUGCCCCAGUGGGGGCAUCGCUCAUUUCAGACUUAGAGCAGCUGCACCUGCCCCCGCCCCCCCCACAGCCCCUGGUGGAGAGGCUUCCACUCCAGUCCCAGCCCCGUCAUCUCGGGUCCAGAGAGGAGGAGCUGCCACCUCCCCCGGAGGAGCCUGGCUUCCCUGAGAAAGAGGCAUCCACAGAUGUCUGUGCCUUCUGCCACAAGACCGUGUCCCCCCGAGAACUGGCCGUGGAAGCCAUGAAGAGGCAGUACCACGCCCAGUGCUUCACAUGCCGCAUCUGCCGCCGCCAGCUGGCCGGGCAGAGCUUCUACCAGAAGGAUGGGCGGCCCCUCUGUGAACCCUGCUACCAGGACACCCUGGAGAAGUGCGGCAAGUGUGGUGAGGUGGUCCGGGAGCACAUCAUCAGAGCCUUGGGCCAGGCCUUCCACCCUACCUGCUUCACCUGUGUGAUCUGUGCCCGGUGCAUCGGGGACGAGAAUUUUGCCCUGGACAGCCAGAAUGAGGUGUACUGCCUGGAUGACUUCUAUAGGAAAUUCGCCCCUGUGUGCAGCAUCUGUGAGAAUCCCAUCAUCCCCCGAGAUGGGAAGGAUGCCUUCAAGAUCGAGUGCAUGGGAAGAAACUUCCAUGAAAAUUGCUACAGAUGCGAGGACUGCAGGAUCCUCCUGUCUGUGGAGCCCACGGACCAAGGCUGCUACCCGCUGAACAACCGUCUCUUCUGCAAGCCGUGCCACGUGAAGCGGAGCGCUGCGGGGUGCUGCUGAGAGCACCUGCCACGGCCCCUCCCUGACUCAGUUUCCCUUUCUGACCUGUUCUUGCACACUUUCCUUCCAAGCCACACCAGGGAUCAGCCUGCAGUUCUGCCCAUCACGUCCGGGGUGCAGGGGCUGAACCGCCCCAGCCCUGCUGGCCUGCCCCCAGGGCUGAGAGGUGGCUGGCUGGCUGACAGCAGCCCUCAGACUCGCAGUUCCUCCUUUGGGGCAUUAGAAGUCUUCAUACUGUGGGCAUCACACCCAGACUUCCCACCCCUGAGGCUUUGGCCCCUCCUGAGCGCUGGGCUUGAGCCCCACUUCCAGGGAUGAGUUGGGGUGUCUCCAGAAGGCAGCCUGUGUCCCUAGUGGUGACACUUCAGCUGUCUGGCAGAGGAGGCUGAGACCAGCCCUGGCUUGCCGGGCUGAGCUGUCUGAGUAAAAUUCCAAAGGUCCCUUAAAAAGCUCUUUUGAAAAGUUUUGAGUUUUAAAUAAUGGGAAACGUUUUUUGGAUUUUUAGGGGGUGGGAGGACUCUUAAUAGAAAAUGUUUCCCAUUUGUUGAUAAAUGUACAAGACUGUGAUCCGGUGGUGGCACAGCCACGGACUUCUUUUCUGGGGGACAUGUCAGACCAGGCCCAGAUGAACCCAAACAGCCAGGGCAGAGAGGAGGUGAUACAUGCUGACACCCAGGGACGCCCACCAUGCCUGCCAGGGCCCCUCUGGGUGCGACAGUGUCUUAGCAGACAGUAAGUGCCUGCUCUAUGCUCUGAGUAUCUUCCUGCAGCCUUGAGUGGCCGCACCCACAUCCCCACUGCCCCUCCACGCUCACGCACACUCACACACUCAUUCCAGGACAGUCCCAGGGGUGUCCCUUCAGCCCCCUUGGCUGUCCUCGCAAGUCCCGCUUGGGCCGCCGUCCAGCCCAGGCUGCCCUGUGACUGCCGCCUCCUCGAGACCACACCUAGAAGAUUCUUCUUCCCUUUUAAGGAAAAUCACUUUUAUUGCUUUGUGACUUCUAAAACAUUUUGAAGGACAUGAACAAGUGAGAAAAUGUGCUUUCUUCCCUGGGGUCGCGUGGAUGUACCACGUGCUGUUGGGAGGGUGCCCCAGGCUCCAAUUAUUGGGAGUGUUCUGUAGGGCCCCUUAGGGGCGUUAGACCAGAGCCCAGCUUCUCGCCUAAAGCUUAGAAUAGCGAGUCACAAAGCCCAGGCUUCACGUACCACCUCCACAAUUUUUGUCAUAACCAAGGACCUCCUAUUCUCUUAGUAUUUUCUUUAACUCACCAUCCUUUUUUUUUUCUCACUUCCAGCUUUACUCCUGUGCUAAGCUAUAUAUUCAUGCAGUCACCUGUUGAUGUGCUAGUUUUUUUCCUUAUUACACUUGAAAAUAAAUGCAUAGCCAUUAGAAGUC